AUAUUGGAAAUUGGAAUAAGUAGCCGCUAGCACGAGUUGUGUUGCUACGCUUAGGCAAUUUGUCAUUAUAUACUUUUGCUGGUUUGGAUUCAGUCGAAUGUAAGGAUAUUGUACAUAAGGUGAGUGAUUAUUGAAGAAGAAACUUGCGCUUAUGCAAACUUUUGACGACACUUCACACAGCUCAAUAGUCAUCUUUUUACCUGAUAUAAGUCAUUUUCAUCGCUUCUGCCUUUAUGUACAUCAAGAUGAUUCGUCAACAUGGUGAGCAAGUAACAUAAGAUAAUAUGAAUCAAUACGAAAUACAUUCAUUUUCAAACAUAGUUUUUCCAAUAAUACAUGACUACAAACAAAAUGACCUUAUUUUUGGUUAGAAUUAAUUCUAGCCGACAUUCUUUUAAUCAAUAUAGUUUUACCCAUCUGAUAUUUUACCGCAACUUAUAAUCAACCCAACUAUUAUUUUACAUCAUAACAUAUGUGUUCAUCAAGACCAUCUGAAUUCAGUUCACCGCAGAACAGACUUUACAUAAGUAAAAUCCUUUUAAUUGGGACCAUUAUUGGUAUGCUGUGUGUUAUCAGUGGGUCUUGCGGUAUAUUAUUAUGGGGAUUCAUACCAAACUUGAUUAAAUUGAACAAUUUGGCUUUAAGAAUUAAUGCAGUUCUAUGUAUAACUGGGUCUAUGAUUGUUUCAGUAAAUGUCUUCUAUAUGUACUGUACACAAUGUCGGUCUAUUCAUAAAAAGAAACGAAAGAAAAGGAUAAAUACGUCUAAAAGUGGUGUUCACUACUCUGAUGGAGAAUUAUGUCCUGAAAAUGAAAGUUUCAUUACAAACUAUCAGCUUUCUGCUCCAAGCUCAUUGUCCAUGCCUGAAGUGUUCACUACAAACGGUGAUUUAACAAGAAAAACAUUUGUUUCUCUUGGAUCACUAGAUUUGGAGAAAUUUGAAGUGGUCGGAGUUGUGCACAAAACAAGUUCCAACCUUGAUUUUGGCAGUGUUGAAGGUGGUGAAGUUGAGAAGAACUCUAUCGGUGAAAAAUAUCACUAUUCAACUGGUUCGUAUCCAAACAUAUUAUUUGUUGAUAAAUUCCCCAAUAUUUUAUCCGGUAAAGCACUUUAUUUUCGUGGUAGUAGUAAUACCCAUGAUAACAAAAAUGCUUUAUACUUUACUACGAACACAGAUGAUAUUCGAACAACUGCUCUUACUGGUGUUCUUAAUGCUACUCAAAAUUCCUAUUCCGACGAUACCUGUAUCACAACUAAUAAUCAGAAAAAGCCCUAUACAACUAUGUCUUAUUUACUUCCUCGGGUUUCUAUCCAGGAAAUUAAAGAGAACACUUCAAAUAUACCGACAUCAUUAUCAGAUUUUGUUGCUGUUCGUCGAACAAGGUCAGAUAGAAUUAAACAUGCAAAAAUAAAUCGAUCAAUUGUAACACCUGCCGGUUACUCGUUGGAUGGUCCAGCAUUUUCAAAAUUAGAAAAUACUAACCAAAGUAAUAAAAUCUCUGGUUUACAGAGUAUUAAUAAUAACGAAAAAUAUCACCUUAUUACAAACAAGACAAUAACAAGUUGCCAUAAGCUCAGCACAUACUCUGAAAUGUCAACAUUCGACAACAAUUGUACCUCUUAUAUGACUAACGUAACACCAUUUAAUGGUCAAGCUAGUCUAUUUAACUUGAAUACUAACACUAUCCCUACAACCAAUAUUCCUAAUAUAAACAAUAAUAAUAUUGGGAGCAUAAAUGGUGAAGCCGCUGAUAUUAAUCACACCGAGCCAUCAAUCAUAUCAUUAGAAAAUCAAGCAUUGAUGGUCAGUAGUUCAUCACCGUAUGAAUUAAAUAAUAAGACUACCGUUAUUUCUCAACGACAAAAUAAUAUCAAUAUGAGUAAUACACAAUCCCAAAAUCAUGUUCUAUCAUGUGCAACACUAUUCACUGCUAAUGAUGAAGAAACUCUGAAUAAUAAUUCCAUUAAUGGAGAUGUGGCGGUUAAUAGUACCAAUACUGAAGUUAAUGGAUUGAAAUAUUUACAGAGAAUCUAUUCCAAAUGGAGUGUAUUUCCUGUUUACAUUGAAAAUGAGAAAAGUAGUGUUAAACACAAUAAUGGAAGUAUUGAUAAAUGUGAUACACUGUAUGAUGAUAAAAAUUGUGAUGAGAAUGGCGAAGAAUCUUUACCAAGAAAACUUUCGAUUUCUACAAUAUCUCAUCAUCACACUAAAGGACCUUUACAUUCGAUAAUUAAUCCGGUACAAUCGCUGGUUAACAGAAUGAGAAAUCGUUGGACUAUUUGUCGCAUACAUAGAAAAUCAAGUGUUAGAAAUAAGAAAAAUCAUCAUCAACAAAUGAAGACAAAAACACAGAAAAAAACUAAACUAAAAAGUUUCAGCAAAGAAGCUGUUCGUGAAUUUUCUGAGUUCUCUUUAACACAAGAUAUAAAUAACAUCAGUGAUAUUAGGCUGGAAGUUGAUAAUAAUGGAAAAAGACAUCGUAGACAAACAAUCAUUACAAAUGCAUCAAUUUUUUCAUUGCCCGCUAUUCCACCAGCGUUAUGGAAUGCUGAACGCCCUGUAUGGAUUAUGGGUGUGCCAUUAGAGAACAAUGGUGAUAAUGAUGAUGACCGCUGGUUUAAAGUAGACGCUAACAAACUUAUCCUGUUAAGACGAAAAUCAGAACUGAGCAAUUUAACAGGCAAUAAGAAUCAUCCAAACAUCACCGGAUCAUCCUCUUCAAUUUAUGCAUUUCAUGUACGACCACCGCCAAGACUGAAACCAAUUACUACAAAAGUAAGCCGACUACAAUGUGAACUUCAUUUAAAUCAGCAUACACGUGCACGAUCUGUCGGACAAAUGCUAACUUCGGAAAAAUCAGCUUUAAAUAUUACUUAGUAACUAUCACUUCUGUAUUUUUUUCUAUGAAAAAAAAUUAUUCGUUGUGUUUUCUUAAUUCCCGGUCGAUUCUGAAUCAAAAAUGUAAUUAAAUUUAACGAGAUUCUGUUCACUGUUUCAUUAUUACUAUCAUCAUACUAAUUCAUGACCGAUACCCACUAUAUCGACCAUAAUGACAUUGAAGAUAGCUACCAUUACAUACUAAAUAACUAAUUAUAGGAAGCACAGUUACCUAAUGGUUUCCUUCCCUCUCUAACACAUCUCGAUGUAAAUACACAUAGAAGUAAAGACAAUAAAAAGAAAAGCUGGAACAACAAUAAUUGAUAUUAUACAUACAUACAACAUUUGCCAUUAACAUCAUUUCAUACAUAUAUUUUUAGGAAGAUACAAAGAAUAAAUUUUAUACAUGAUUUUUUGGUAGAUUUCACAAUUUCUCUCUUUUUUUCAUUUUGCAAUUUGUAUUUCGGAGAAAUGAUGUUUUCUCCAUGACGUGUAAUAAUGGUAAUCAUAACAAUAAUAUUUCACACUUGAGACAAGAAUAUUUUUUUUAUUGAACUGAAAAGUGAUCUUUCCUACUGUUGUUAAUGUUUUUGGGGCGGGACGUUGUUUGAGAACGGUGUGCUUGUAAUACGAAAUUGCAUAUAUAUGAAAGAGAGAGGAAUAACGAAGAUUAAAAUGAAAAUAAAAUUUGUUGACGAG